UGUGCGUGAGUGGAGCGCAUGUCAAUUGAGUGCAAAAGGGUGAACUUCCUCGAGCUGUUUACAGGCAACAGACUUUAGUAAACGACCUGGUAGUUAACUGGCUCUUGUAGGAUAACAAUGUAAGUUAACCUGCACCACAUAUAUAUAUAAUGGUAAGAGAAUGAGGUUAGAAUGGGUCGUUUCGUUUAGCUGAAAAAGCAAUGUCGAGUCAUAACCUUCCACCUCUGCGGCAUUUGCCUCAAUGGACUCGAGUCGGGCGCCUCGGGAAGCCUUGUUGCUCUCCGCGGCGUUUACCGGCACCGGAGAACCAGCUGCAGCCGCUGCCUGUCGCCCCUCCGCCGGCGGACAGAGGAGGAGUGUGGAGAGCCGCAGCAGAGGUGUCCUCCUCCUCCCGUCACAGCAACAACAUCAUGGACCACCGCGUCGCUUCAAUGGAGAGGAAUAUCCAGUUCCUGCAGCUGCAACACAAGGACACUCUGGAGAAGCUCCAUGCGGAGAUAGACUAUCUCAGACGGGAGAAUAAAGAGUUGCAGUAUAAGCUGAUAAUGGAGCCUCCCAAGUCGAGUAGAAAAGGAAUGUCACGCAGUCGGCGAGGCGUCCGACCACCCACUCAGGGAAGUGAUGCCCAUACGGGACUCUACCUGGAGGAGCUGCUGCAGGACACGCGACCCGCACAGGACCAAGCACUAAGCAUGGGAGAGGGCAGCGAAAUGCUGGGAUCUGCCAGGCAGGACCGUGGCCCAGAGGUGAAGGGGGGCCUCAUCACCUCAUUACAGCCUCUACGAAUUCACAGCAAUCCCUCCCAUCCACCACGGGCUCCCACACUACAGGAGUGUGAGGUCAUCAUUCGGCAGCUCUACAAUGCUAACAGCUUACAGUCUCAGGAAAUUAUACGUGUGAAGGCAUUGCUGAGAGAUAUCGUUUUGAGCAAGAAAAUCACCCCGGAAAACUACAUUCUGACCAAGGCCUACCUUGUCGAUGGUACCCGCAAAUCUUCAGAAGAAAAGAAAUUUCCAAAACUUGGAAUUCAGACAUUUCCGGAAAAAACGUGUGGACCCUCUCAGUCUGGGGUGGUCCUCCCAGCCCUGAAACAGAGCCUCAGCUCCACCAUAGCAGAGAGACAGAGGAGGACCCGUGCUGUGCAGAGAGACCGUUUCAAAAGGACGGUGCAGUGACACGAUCAAAACAGGUUGUUCUGAAAAACCUUAGUCACAAAAACUCUGUGUACAGUUACAGAUAUCUGUAUGAAGUAUUUAUGUCCUAUGAUUCAAUGUUUUUUUGUUGUUUUUUUUAAAGAUGACUAUAAUGAGUACAGAAAUGUACUCAAGGACAGAUAAUGUGAAAAGGUCUAUUGACAUAAAAGCUUUUAAUUUUGCACACAAAAUGAAGAGGAAAGAAUGCCUCAAAUCCAGCUUUGCACUGGGAAUGGUAAACUUAUUUAUUUUUUACCAAACAAUGCAUUUUAAGACAUUUGAACUAUUAAAGUUAUUAAACUUAACACUGGCUGCUUAUUUUCACCAAAGUGAGUCAGAUUUGAGUGAGUAUUAGUUUAGUUGUCACUGCAUAGUUAUUGUAAUUCUGCCAAAAUGAUGGUGGAAUUGUUGCAUUUCAUAUAAAUAUAUAACUAAUCACUUGUUACUGUUAAAACCGCAAAGUAAUCAUAACUUUCAUCAGUGCAAACGACCAAAGUUAAGCCUCUAAAAGCACAUGCAAUAAAUAAGACAGAACAAACUACCAGGCUUAUUUCUCAAGCACAUUUUUUAUUUACAUGUCAUGCUUUAACUUGCCAGUUUGUCACCAACCUACAGUACAACAAAGCACAACAAUGAAAAACUCUAUUAAAUUGUCUUAACACAAAAUAGCCCUUUCCUGUUUUUUCUCCAAGACUCGUGCCUCUUCCUGUUCUUGACAAUUCAUGUGAACAUUUAUCAGCGAGAUGGUAUACAGCUGUGGGAGAGUCAACAAAUUUAAAAAGCACCUUGCCUAAUUUCACAACAUGAAAUCGAAACAUAGCUUAUAGUUGUGCAACAACGUGGGGCAGGUUAAGAACUGCACGCAGCCAGGCGGGGCAGACAGUUCCCAGCACGAAUCUGGCUUAAGAUACUCCACGUCUAGAACCUUUUAGGAGGAAAUUCAUAAUGAUUAUACAGCAAUCU